UAGGACGAAGAGUCCAAAGAUCGGUAGGCAAAAACAAAAAUAGCCAACCGGUUUUGUGAGAAAAGUGUUCAUUCUUUGCCAAAAAAAAAAGUGUCCCCUCAAGGAUUGUUUAACGAGAUAAUGCUUUGCAACAAUUACAAUUUUCAGCCCAUGAAAGAAAAAAUAUAUAAAAAAAUACGAGAGAGGUACUCGACGUAGGUACGUGCAGUUUUCGUGAAAACCGACGCUGCUCUGCACAACUUGGGCACACACAUAAUCUCCACUCCACCACCUGCGCGCUCCGACAGUCUGUGUGCACACCGUACACGUACCUACACCCAUGUCCCUGGGAUUUCCUCUCCCUCUUGACUCAUUGUACUUUGGUAGUAGCGCGUACUGCUGGAAUUUUAAAAGCAACAAUAUAUUAAGUCUUGGAUUUCGCGGAAGGACCCGUAACUUUUACUACCUGUACCGCGAAUAAGAAAAAAAGAGGGGCGCAAUAAUAUAUGUAUAUAUAUAUAUUCCGAAGGAGCGGCAAUUUUCAUUUACCGUGUAAUAAUAUAGCGACGGUGUAGGCGAGUGGGGACGUGCAGAGUGAGAGAAAACAACGGUACAGUCAACGGUCAGCAGCAUGACGACGACAAUCAAGCUUUUGGGCGUGAUCCUCGUCCUCCGCCUACUGGGAACAGUAAAGUCUCAAAGGACCCCAACAAUAUCGUACAUAACGCAGGAGCAAAUCAAGGACAUAGGGGGAACCGUCGAGUUUGUCUGCUCCGUGCAGUAUGCCGAAGAGUAUCCAGUUUUGUGGAUGAAAAUCGGCAAAGACAGAACGGACGUGCUUCCGAUAUCUACGAAUACUGCCCUCAUCAUACGUGACAGCAGGUUCUCCCUGAGGUCCGAUCCAUCAUCGAACACUUACACCUUGCAGAUCAAGGACAUCCAAGAGACGGACGCGGCUUUCUACCAGUGCCAAAUAUUGAUAAGCGUGAGCAACAAAAUCACCGCCAACGUCGAGCUCCAAGUCCGCCGACCUCCCAUAAUCAACGACAACUCGACUCGCUCGGUCAUCGCGAGCGAAGGCGAAUCCGUCCAGCUCGAGUGUUACGCCGGCGGUUACCCGGCCCCUCGGAUAUCCUGGCGCAGGGAAAACAACGCCAUUCUACCCUCGGGUGGAUCGAUUUACAGGGGAAACAUACUGAAGAUAUCCUCGGUCCUCAAGGAGUACAGGGGAACGUACUACUGCGUGGCCGAGAACGGGGUGGGCAGGGGUGCCCGGAGGAACAUAAACUUGGAAAUCGAGUUCGCCCCGGUGAUCACGGCGCCGCGUCCCCGCCUCGGCCAAGCCCUGCAGUACGACAUGGACUUGGAGUGCCACGUGGAAGCUUAUCCACCGCCGGCCAUCACUUGGCUUAAGGACGGCUACCAAUUGUCCAACAAUCAGCACUACAGUAUAUCGCACUUUGCCACGGCAGACGAGUACACCGACACGACCCUCAAAGUCAUCACGAUCGAGAAGAAACAGUACGGCAAGUACAUGUGCAAGGCGGCCAACAAGCUUGGCACGGCGGAAACGGAAGUCGAGCUUUUUGAAACCAUUAUACCCGUAUGUCCGCCUGCUUGCGAUCAAGCGUACUACGCAGCCGGUGUAAUUCUGUUCUCGACCGGGUCACUAGUGGCCGCCUCCAUAUUUGUAGUCUUUAUGACCAGAAGUUUUUAUACCAAAUAUUAACUAUCCAGGACUGGUGUGGGGAGCUAGCCAAAGCCACAGGCCGUCAGAGUGGCUGUUGAUCAUCUGCGUGAGGAUCGUCGUCGUAUUA